AUGAGUACAAUGUUAGGAGUCACAUCAUUAAUCGACUACAUUCAAGGUAAAAUUAGAUUCCUUGUCUACGCUUCAGCAAUUCCAGGUCCAAUGUGGUCAGAAAACCCAGCACCUGAGGAUUUUGAUACUGUUAUGAAUAUUAACACGAGAUCUGUAUUUUUCUUAGCAAGAGGACUUUCAGAUAAAUUCGCUGUAGGCUCUAAAUUUUUAAUAGUAAGUGCAGCUCUAGCUCAUAAAUACUUGAUUCCUUUCCCACUUUAUUCAAUUUCAAAAGCAGCGUUAUAUAUGACUUAUCAAGUUUUAAAACAAGAAAUCAAAACAACUGCAGUAGGUUCUGCUCUCCCUGGAAUAGUAAAAACUCAUAUUUCUAAUACAGUUGAGAGAAAAAUGCAAACUGAUUUGGGUAUCAACAGAAUUGAGCCAGAAAUUUCUGCCAAAUUUUUGGCUUAUUUGAUAAGUGAUAGAGUGAGCUGUGAAAGAUUUUCUCAAGCGGAGUGGAAUAUUUAUACACAAGAUCAUCAAUCUGAAUGGCUUGAGGAAGGAGAUGAGAUGCCAAUCCCACCUGCUUUUCGUCCUUAA